AUGGCUAAAUUAUCCUCCAUUUCCUUCAUUCUCUUCUCCCUUGUUCUCUUCGUCUCCUCCUCCUCUGUCAGUAAUGAAACGGCGGAUGAGACGUCCGCCGUUUCCGACCUAAGAGGAGGAGAGUGGGUGCUGCUUCAAAAGAGCAUUGGAGUCUCGGCAAUGCACAUGCAGGUUCUCAACAACAACAGAGUCAUCAUCUUCGACCGUACCAACAUCGGCCUCUCCAACCUCACGUUCCCCGACGACAAAAAAUACUGCAUCAACUACACCAUCCACAGCAAACCCGAAAUCAUAACAGACUGCACCGCCCACUCUCUCUCCUACGACUUCGCCUCCAACACCUUCCGCCCCCUCACCCUCCGCUCCGACACGUGGUGCUCCUCCGGCUCCGUGGACCCCACCGGAACCCUAGUCCAGACCGGGGGCUUUGGCGGCUCUGGCGACCGCCGCGUCAGGACCUUCUCGCCGUGCGAGGACGACACGUGUGACUGGACGGAGCUUCAGCAGGAGAGCCUCAAGGAGAAGAGGUGGUACGCCACGUCGCAGAUCCUCCCCGACGGACGCGUCGUCGUCGUCGGAGGUAGAGACGUUUUCAGCUACGAGUUCUUCCCCAAGAAAAAAGACGACGUGUCGUACCAGUUUAAAUUCCUGGUGGAGACUUUUGACAAGAAGGAGGAGAGCAACCUCUACCCGUUUCUGCAUGUCUUGCCGGACGGAAGCCUCUUCGUGUUUGCAAACAACCGCUCGGUUUUGCUCGACUACGACAACAACCGCGUCAUGAAAGAGUUUCCGGUCAUGCCCGGCCGCGUCGGGAGAAGCUACCCGCUCACCGGGUCGUCGGUGCUCCUCCCGCUGAAGCUAAACGGGUCAGUUCUACCCGACGCCGAGGUUUUGGUAUGCGGCGGAGCAGAGCCUGGUGCGUUCACAUUGGUAAACAAAAAGGAUCCCAAAGAAAAAGUGUACAAGGGAGCCUCCGCCACCUGCGGACGGAUCAGAGUGACGGACCCGGAUCCGAAAUGGGCCAUGGAGAGUAUGCCGAUGCCACGUGUCAUGCCGGACAUGCUGUUGUUACCGACGGGUGACGUGAUCAUUAUUAACGGCGCGAAGAAUGGGACGGCGGGCUGGGAGAACGCGGUAAACCCGGUGCUGAACCCGGUUCUGUACAAGACCCACGAGCCCAAACCGGAAGCCCGGUUCGUUGUAUUGAAUGCCUCCACGGUUCCGAGAAUGUAUCACUCCUCGGCGGUGCUGUUGCCAGAUGGCAGGAUAUUAGUGGGCGGGAGCAACCCUCACGAGAGGUACAACUUCAGACGGGAGUUCCCUACUGAGCUGAACUUGGAGGCUUAUAUUCCGCCGUACCUACACCCCGCCUUCACUUCUCUACGUCCUACGAUCCAGGCCGUUGAAUCAAGGACUAAGACUGUAUCGUACGGUGGCGUUUUGAGGGUUAAGUUUCAGAUUGAUUUGCAUGCAGAGGAUUCUUCGAAGUUUUCGGUGGCGCUCGUAACGCCGUCGUUUACUACGCACUCGGUGGCUAUGAAUCAGAGGAUGGUGGUUUUGGAGAUUGUUAGGUUUAAGCAUUUGUAUAGUAGGUAUAGAAAGCCGUCGGAUAAGUAUGAGUACAUGAUUGUUACUCGCGGCCCGCCGAAGAACACUGUGGCGCCGCCGGGGUACUAUAUGCUUUUCCUGGUUCAUGCUGGAAUUCCCAGCCAGGCUACGUGGGUGAAGGUGCAGUAG